CUUCUGUCUACUUUGGUUGUCUGGUAAAUGUUUGUAAGAUGUUCUGCAUUUAAACACUCUUAAUUCGUGUAGAUAAGUUAUCCAAGAAGUAAUUAUGGUUGUAUUGCCAAGAGUUUAUAAAGUUUUACCAGCUAUUAGGUUUCUGAGUAGUUCAGCUAAAAUUCCAAGAAUGCCACCAGUUUCUUUUGUGCCAGACACUUACAAGGGAAUUAGUUAUGAUGAAGCUAUGAAUAUCAGGAAAAAGAAUAUCAGCAAUUGUUUUCCUCUGUUGUAUAAGAAUCCCAUCAUGAUAACUCAAGGUCACAUGCAGUGGGUAUGGGAUGAUAAAGGAAAAAGAUAUUUAGAUAUGUUUGGUGGAAUUGUUACUAUUAGCGUUGGACAUUGCCAUCCAGUAGUUACUGAAGCUGCUGUUCGUCAGUUGAACAAGCUAUGGCAUGUAACAAAUAUAUAUUUGCAUCCAACACUACAUGAAUAUGCAAAGAAACUGACUGACCAUUUACCUGAAGAUUUAAAAGUCUGCUAUUUUUGCAAUAGUGGGUCUGAAGCCAGUGAUUUAGCAUGCCUUCUUGCAAGAUUGUCUACAGGUGCAUUUGACAUUCUUUCUUUAAGAAAUUCAUAUCAUGGGGAUAGCCCAUAUGUUGUGGGAUUAUGUGGAAUUGGAACUUGGAAGCAUUGUUAUCCAUCUGGCUUCGGUAUACAUCAUGUGAUGAAUCCUGACCCAUACAGAGGGCUUUGGGGUGGCUCAGAUUGCCGAGAUUCUCCGGUUCAGACUGAUCGAAAAUGUUCUUGUGGUGUUGGAUGCUGCCAAGCUUGUGAUAAGUAUAUAGAACAACUUGAAGAAGUUCUAGAUUCUUCAGUGCCAAAAAAAAUUGCUGGCUUUUUUGCUGAGAGUAUACAGGGUGUCGGGGGAACUGUUCAAUUUCCCAGGAAUUAUCUCAAGAGAGCUAUGGAAAUCAUUCAUAAGCGUGGAGGACUUUUUAUUUCAGAUGAGGUACAAACUGGUUUUGGUAGAACAGGACAAUUUUGGGGCUUUCUUGGCCAUAGUAUCGUUCCUGAUAUAGUUACUGUUGCCAAGGGCAUUGGAAAUGGGUAUCCGCUUGCAGCUGUCAUUACAAGGAAAGAAAUUGCUGAUCAUCUGAAUAAAGCAUUAACAUUUAAUACUUUUGGAGGGAAUCCGGUGGCAUGUGCUGUAGGAUCUGCAGCUCUUGAUGUAAUUGAUGAAGAAAAAUUGAUGGAGAAUAGUCAUCAUGUUGGAACACAUCUUUUGCAUUCACUUUCAAAACUUAGAAGAAAAUAUGAAAUUGUCGGUGAUGUUCGAGGAAAAGGAUUGAUGAUUGGUGUUGAAAUGGUAUCUGAUAAGGAAUCAAAGAAACCAUUAGAAAAGCCUGCAAUGGAUGCCAUACUUGAAGAUGCAAAAGAUAUGGGUCUGUUGGUUGGAAGAGGUGGGAAGUAUGGAAAUGUCUUUCGAAUUAAACCUCCUAUGUGUAUCACUAGAGCUGAUGCUGAUUUUUGUGUUUCUGUUCUUGAAAAUGCAAUAUGCAACUACAUAAAUAAAUAAAAUACGUAAAUUA